AUGGGUUCUCGGCUUCAAGCCAAUUCUGACCUCGUUCGCAAAAGGAUCCAGAGUCAUACCUUCGAUGAUGAUAAAGGAGACGAAUACGAAGGUUCUGCCUUCGGAGGCUUUGACGAAUAUUUCCGACGCAAGAAGUUAAAAUUACAAAACCGCGAUGCGCACAUUCGCGCAAGCUCUGAAAAUAAGCCCCCAAUCUUCCGUGGCGUUGUAGCGCAUGUGAACGGCUACACGCAGCCCUCUCUAAAUGAUUUGCAUCACCUCAUAGUCAGUCAUGGUGGGGGAUUCCUGCAAUAUCUCGAUGGCAAGACUAGCGCCACUCACAUAAUCGCCAGUUCGCUGACACCCAAAAAACGCGAGGAGUUUCGCAGAUAUCGUAUUGUGAAACCGGCUUGGGUCGUUGAUAGUGUCAAAGCAGGACGAUUACUUCCAUGGGAUAAUUACCGUGUCGUUGAUGAAGGCGUUUCGCAAAAGGUGCUCAGGUUUGAUAAUGGAGCGCUGCAGACUCAGACCAAUGAUUUUGAACGCAGUUAUAAAGAUCAAACGGAGAACAGUUGGUAUAACUCUCAUUUUGGAGAUGCGAACCAUAAUGAGGAUGUCGUGGCGUCGCCGGUGAAGGAAAAUUUGGACAUUACGUCGAGUAUUCCAAACUCGAAUGCGGAUACCGAUUAUGGCGAUUUUCCGUCCCUAGGAUCUCCAGUUACGACCAAGGGGCCUCCUGCUGAUCAGAAUCUUUUGCCAGUCGAAGAAUCGGCUACUCCUGUUGAGGAUCCUGAUGAGAGUGAUGGAAAUCAAAAAGCUCCAGAGGGAGCUCAAGACUCGGUCGAUGCUCAACCUGUGCGAGACUCCAUACCUGUCAAACCCGGUAUGAGCUCGGAAGAAUACAACGCAUUGCUUUUGUCCGACCCACGCAUGAGGAAGUCUAGCGUUGUGAAUCCAGAUUUUCUGCAUCAGUACUAUCGAGAAUCACGACUUCACCAUUUGUCGACUUGGAAAGCCGAGCUCAAAGCCAAGCUGCAGGCAAUUACACAGGAAAAAUAUGAGUCAAAUAAGAACAUCAAACAGCGUGUGCCAGGCGCACGAAGAUAUAUUCUGCAUGUCGACUUUGAUAGCUUCUUUGCCGCUGUGUCAAUACACAAGCACCAUCCAGAGUUGAUUGACAAGCCUGUUGCAAUCGCUCAUGGGACAGGAAGUGGUUCUGAAAUUGCCAGCUGUAAUUACCCGGCUCGUGCUUUUGGGAUCAAGAACGGAAUGUGGAUGAAAGGGGCGUUGGACAAAUGUCCUGAACUCAAGGUUCUACCUUAUGAUUUUCCAGCGUACGAAGAAGCCAGUCGUCAAUUCUACGAUUGUAUACUUGCUGUCGAUGGGGUUGUACAGAGCGUCAGUAUUGACGAAGCACUCAUUGAUGUCACCAUGCAAUGUCUGCAGGCUGGUGGUUCCGAUGGCCGCGGUAUCUCCGAAGGCUCAUUAUACCGAGAACAGGCCAAAGCUGAGGAUAUUGCAACCGCUUUGAGACACGCAACCAGAGAAAAGACAGGAUGUGCUGUUUCUGUAGGCAUUGGAGGCAACAUUCUACAAGCAAAGGUGGCGUUGCGCAAAGCCAAGCCUGCCGGACAAUAUCAGCUCAAGCCUGAGGAAGUGUUGGAUUUUAUAGGAAACCUGACGGUCCAAGAUCUUCCGGGUGUUGCUUACAGCCUGGGUGGUAAGCUAGAAGAGAUUGGUGUCAAGUUCGUCAAGGAUAUGCGCGAUUUGACACGCGAGAGACUUAUUUCUCACCUUGGUCCCAAAACUGGCGCCAAACUUUGGGACUAUGCUAGAGGCAUUGACAAGACUGAAGUAGGAGCUCAGACGAUGCGAAAGUCUGUAUCUGCUGAAAUAAAUUGGGGCAUUCGAUUUACCAACCAAACUCAGGCGGAGGAAUUUGUACAAAGUCUGUCCGAAGAGCUUCAUCGCCGUUUGGUUGAGAACCUAGUCAAAGGAAAGCAGCUUACGCUUCGCGUCAUGAGACGAUCAGCAGAUGCACCAUUGGAACCAGUCAAGCAUCUUGGACAUGGAAAAUGCGACACAUUCAACAAAAGUGUAUUACUUGGUGUUGCGACAAAUGCAAGCGAUAUCAUUGGGAAAGAAGCAAUUGCAAUGCUACGAAGCUUUGGGUUCACGCCUGGUGAUCUGAGAGGUCUAGGGGUGCAGAUGACAAAAUUGGAGCCUGUGAAAUCAACAAGCGGUGGCCUUCUCGAAAGUAGCCAGCGCCAGUUAAACUUCAAAGCAUCACCAGCUGCCAAGAGAACAAUUAACAUGACUGACCCGGAUUUGCUGGAAAGUCCCCAUAAAGGCGACGGGGCUAGUAUCGACGCAGUUGAUACGUUGGAUAAUCGACCUACAUUUGACAGCUCACUCAAACCUUUGAAUGUUUUAGGAACACAAUUCAUCAUGCCAACUCAACCCGAUCCAAAGGUGGUUGCAGAAUUACCUCCUGACAUUCGAUCUAUGCUAGUGCGCAAGUCAAAGGAACCUCGAGAGACAUCACCUUCUCCAGCACCAAAGCCAAGAGUCUCUACUGAAGACCUUCCCUCGCAGUCGCAAAUCGAUCCAGAUAUCUUAAAAGCACUACCUGAGGACAUUCGAUCAGAAAUAAUCGGCUACUAUGGCCAACCCUCCAACGAUUCGCUACCUGGGUCACCUCAGCGCCUACCACCAUCGCCACCUCCUCCGUCGCGUACGGUACGUGCAGCGCCUAUCCUUAAACGAUCAACCACUCCAGUCAAGAAGCGCCGUGGCCGGCCGCCCAAGUCUUUGGCCAAUGCUUCAAAGCCUAUGUCUAGCUCGAAUCUGAUGCAAUCGAGCUUCAACUUCAGUCGACCACGCACUGCUGAGCCGGAGACAAUUGAUCGAUCUCUGCCGGUUCAACACACUGAAACGACAUCCGAGAUAUCGGACGAUUUUCUAGCCGCUCUUCCUGAGGACAUCCGGGCAGAAGUAUUGGAACAACACCGCCAAGAACGUAUGCGCCAACGAUCAAACCUGGUUGCMCCCGCCUCUCGUAAGUUGGCAGUUCCUCGACCAGGCACCCCAGCUGAGUCUAGUACUGCUCCCACUACGGAAAAACGCAUCCAGCUGUCACCUCGCCCAGAACGGCCUACCUUUACGUCUAAAAAACUGAGUGCACUACCCGACCUUCGCGAAGCAAUCACUGCGUGGUACUCGGCUUUUGCAACCGAGGCGCCCUUCGUCGAGGACGUGAAAGCAUUAGCUCUCUACCUCAAGCGCGUAGUCCUCGAGGAGCGGGACAUUGAAAAAGCCGUGUCGGUGGCUGAGUGGCUGACAUGGCUAGUCAGAAACGACGCCGAAAAAACAGACGGAACAGCCUCGACUAUGGAGCAGACGCAAAGUUCGCAGGCCGAGACCACUUGGAAUGAGGCGCUGAAUAUCGUACAUCGCAGUGUUGCUGCUGCGGUCGAGGAGAGGGGGCUGCCUCCUCCUGAGUUCUCUGCAUGA